GCGGCGCGCUUAAAUAGAGCCGCAGGGACCGAGCGGAGACGCGCGGCAGUGCUACACACACACACUGCGGUACACAUACCCGGCGCGGCGACUACGCCAGCACAGAACCGGAGAGAAAAACGACUUUUUUCUCGUUGUAACGAAGUUGAGAAAAUUUGUCCAGACGGGCAGACAUCUUUCAGCUGCCCAGGGUCCUAGAGCAAGGAGCGCUUGUUCCAGAUGUUCUGACAGGACAGAGCACCCGAGGGCUGCCAUCUGCCUUCCGCUCACCCGUCCUCCAAGACCAGCGUGCUGCCAUCGGCCAGCCUAGGGCACGGCGCAGCGCCAUGGUAACACACAGCAAGUUUGACUCCGCCAUGAGCAGCAGCCCCUUCGAGACAAGCAUGCGGCUGCCACCCCAUCACUACAAGACCUUCAGCUCGAGGCUGCAGUACCAGCUGAUCCUCUCCGCUGUGGGCAAGCUGCAGGAGAGCGGCUUUUACUGGGGCCCCAUGAGUGGGAAGGAGGCCAACAGCCUGCUGGGGCCGGAGCCGGCCGGGACCUUCCUGGUGCGCGACAGCUCUGACAGACGGCACUUCUUCACACUCAGUGUCAAGACAGCGUCAGGUCCCAAGAACCUGCGCAUCCAGUGUGAUGGCACCACGUUUUUCCUGCAGAGUGACCCCAAGAGCUCGCAGGCCGCACCGCGCUUCGACUGCGUGCUCAAGCUGGUGCACCACUACAUGCCCCCCAGAGGCAAUGUCAACGGGGGGGGACCCCGCAGCACCUACUUCAUCCACUCAGGCAGCGAGAAGGUCCCCCUGGAGUUGCUGCGCCCGCUGUCCACCAACUUGUCCUCUCUGCAGCACCUCUGCCGCAAGACAGUGAAUGGACACCUUGACAUAUCCGGCAAAAGGGACCAGCUGCCUCUCCCCCUCAAGGAGUUCCUACAGGAGUAUGAUGCCCCCAUCUAAAGAGCCUUGGCCAAGACCUCUGACAGGCACAGUCCCCCGGGGGGGGUAUCAGAGCAUCUCGUGCAAUGGCAGGUGGCUCCCCCGGUCACAGCUGAUGGGUUGUUCGGCCCAUGAGAGCCAACCAUCGCCAGUAGGACGGGAGUCACCAGUCACCAUGUUCUUGCGGCAGGUAGAACGGUGGCCAAGAUGGAGACAUGGAGGACGCAUCGCUGUGGCGUCCUGCUUCAACCACCAGGCCUUUGAACAAACAGGGUCUGCUCUGCCUGAAGGACACUUGACUGACGGCACAGGCCACCCGCCUCUUCGUUUUUCCCCGAGAAUUUUACUGCUGACCAGAUGUGCUGCUAAUCACCUGGCUGUGUUCCAGCCACCAAUCAAACCUCUUUCUUCCUCCCUCCACCCCUGGCAUUUGACCAUUUAGGACCCGUUAUCCUGCACGAGACACUGGGUGGAGGAAGGCCUCCAAGGAUUGCUUUGUGACUCUAGGGGACACCACAUCACCCGAGCUGUCAGAACAAAGCAAAAGACUGGAUGCUUCCACACGUGUCUCUGCAGUGCCACAACCUUGCUUUCCACACACAGUCCAGGGACACUGCUCAGUGGACAUUCUCAUGAUCUGUGCCUUUCGUGGAGACAAUGUAACAACAACAGUGAUCUCCAAGAAAACCUCAAAGCAGAACGGGGCGGCGGUUCGGUGCAGUGACGGCUAGUGACUCGUGUUGAAGAAACUCAUGAAUGAAGAGAGGGUCCUGAAGGUGGACCUAGUGUUCAGUUUUGCUACACUGUGAGCGCAUCAAUAUUUCUGUGGAUCUGGCUGCAGGCCCGGGCAUCGCAUGGGUUCAUGGUUUUGGUUCUGGAGCGGAAUGGUUCGAUUGCUGGCUGGAGUACAGGCUGAUGUGUCAAUGAACUGCGGCGGCCGAUACGUGGAAAAUGUAUCCCAGAGAACACACUAGUGUUCAUUUUCUGGGCCAGACACCUGAUCCAGCCUGCAGAUGUUUUUUUCUUUUUAAUUUUCCCUUUCUUCCGAAGAGAGAUGUGCUCUCCAUCUGUGUCAACGGAAGGGCCAGAUGUUAAUUUGCUUUCUUUCUUUGUCUUUUAUAAAGAUGUUCUAUCCACAUGCAGAGCCAGGUGUUCUGGCUGUAAUGGCUUGAAUAUUUGGAAACGUAACGAAUCAAAACAACUUUGCACAUAUUUAUAUUGAAGACAUUUCAAUAAUUUAUAUUAAAGAGCACUAUUUUCUACCAAACUGAAA